AUGCUUCCAGUGAACAGAACCAACGCUCUUCUAACAAUCCUAACCCAAAUCAAAACACUGCACCAUACACAACAGGUCCACGCAAAGAUUAUACUUCAUGGACUCGAACAAGAAGUUAUUCUCGGAUCCAGUCUCACUAACUCUUACAUCCAAUCAAACCGUCUCGAUUUCGCCACGGCUUCCUUCGAUCAAAUCCCUUCGUGUAAGAAAAACCGUUACUCGUGGAACACGAUCCUCUCCGGUUACUCCAAAUCCAAGAAUCACGUCGAAACCUUACGUCUUUACAACAACAUGAGGAAGGACUGUAACGGCGUGGACAGUUUCAAUUUAGUGUUUGCGAUCAAAGCUUGUGUUGGUUUAGGGUUUUUAAGAAGUGGUGUUUUGGUUCAUGGAUUAGCGAUGAAGAAUGGGUUGGAGAGAGAUGAUUAUGUGGCACCGUCUUUGGUUGAGAUGUACGCAGAGCUUGGUGGUAUGGGAGAUGCGCGGAAGGUGUUCGACGAAAUGCCUGUGAGAAGUUCGGUUCUUUGGGGAGUUUUGAUGAAAGGUUAUUUGAGAUACUCGGGAGAUUGUGAAGUGUUUCGUUUGUUUUAUUUAAUGAGAGAGGUUGGUUUUGGGUUUGAUGCGCUUACGUUGAUAUGUUUGGUAAAGGCUUGUGGGAAUGUGUGUGCUGGUAAGGAAGGGAAGUCAGUUCACGGUUUAUCCAUCAGAAGGGGGUUUAUAGAUCAGAGUGGUUAUUUGCGAGCUUCUGUUAUUGAUAUGUAUGUGAAAUGUAGGUUAUUGGACAAUGCUAGAGAGAUGUUUGAAACAAGUGUUGAUAAGAAUGUGGUGAUGUGGACAACGUUGGUUUCUGGAUUUGCAAAGUGUGAGAGAGCUGUUGAAGCAUUUGAUCUGUUCAGGGAGAUGUUGGGAGAGUCUGUUCUUCCGAAUCAGUGUACUUUAGCGGCUCUUCUUGUUUCUUGCUCGAGCUUGGGGUCUCAGAGGCACGGGAGAAGUGUUCAUGGGUACAUGAUAAGGAAUGAGAUUGAAAUGGAUGCUGUGAAUUUUACGUCUUUCAUUGAUAUGUAUGGUAGAUGCGGGAACAUUCAGAUGGCUAGGAAGGUUUUCGAUGUGAUGCCAGAGAGAAAUGUGAUAUCUUGGAGCUCGAUGAUCAAUGCUUUUGGGAUAAAUGGUAUGUUAGAGGAAGCUCUGGAUUGUUUUGGUGAAAUGAAGUCACGGAACCUAACUCCGAACUCUGUGACAUUUGUGUCGGUUUUGUCGGCCUGUAGCCACUCGGGAAACAUCAAAGAAGGACGGAAGCAGUUUGUGUCGAUGACAAGAGACUACGGGAUUUCACCAGAGGAAGAACAUUACGCGUGUAUGGUAGAUUUGCUAGGUCGAGCUGGUGAAGUUGAGGAAGCUAAGUCUUUUAUUGAUAACAUGCCUGUGAAACCAAUGGCCAGUGCUUGGGGAGCUCUUCUGAAUGCUUGUAGAAUCCAUAAAAAAGUUGACUUAGCAGAAGAAAUAGCAGAGAAGCUCUUAUCCAUGGGGUCCAAUGAAUCAAGCGUCUACGUCUUGCUUUCUAAUAUAUAUGCUGACGCUGGGAUGUGGGAGAUGGUGAAUAGUGUGAGACGGAAAAUGGGCAUCAAAGGAUAUACCAAACCCAUGGGACUAUCUUCUAUAGAAGUCGGUUAGUAAACAUUCAGCUAUUGUUCCUGCAGCAUAGUGUUUGACCAAUAUGAAGCAACAAUGUAGAGAGAUGAUGGAUAUAUCAUAUAACUAUUAGACAGUUACUUCGAUUGGAUUAUGUAACUCAAAAAAACCUCUGGUGACAGGCUCCAGAUGAGUAGCUUUUAGUACAUAAUCCGGAUGGCCUCCAUUGAGCAAUAUGUUCAUGGCAACAAUAUCAUCUGGGAGCAUAGAUCACAAAGGAAGUUGUAGGAUCAGUGCAGCUCUCUUGUAAAAUCAGCAUAUUGCUCUGGCUAGAGUUUGCACUCUGUCACAUAAAGAAAAGAUUCAAAAGUAUGAUAAACCACCACCAUUUCUCGGAGUUGCAGGAUGGAGCCAUUGAACCGAAUUCAAUUAGGACAGUAACGUCUCUCUCUAUAUUACAUCCUCGUGUACUGUUUUGUCAAUAAAACUGAUACUUGCAGUUCCAUUUCAGUCUCAUCUAGUAAUUUCUAAUUUAAGUAAAAUGAAGCAAAUUACUAA